AUGGACACCCACGGUGGCGAGGGAGGAGCCGUGGACACCCACAGCUGCGAAGGCGGGGGCGAGGACGCCCGCGGCGGCGACGUUGUCCCGGCGCCCGCUCCAGCUCCCGGAGGCCAUGGCGGCGGCGCCGCCCGCUCCCAGCCUGAUCCGCGAGUCCCGACCUCUCCCGAGCCAGCCGGCGCCGCUCUCGCUGUCGCCAUCGCCCGCCACGGCCGAAUCUACGAGCCCCGGCCUCUCCCGAGCCAGCUGCCGCCGCUCCCAUCGUCAUCGUCGCCGUCGACAUCGGUGUGGUCACCCGUGGCGACGAGGGAGGAGGCGUGGACACUUGCAGUGGCGAGGGAGGAGGUGUGGACGCCCACGGCUGCGAAGGCAGCGCCGAGGACGCUCGCGGCGUCGUCCGCGGCGGCGAGGUUGUCCCCGCGCCCGUUCCCGCUCCCAGAGGCCAUGGCGGUGGCGGUGCCCGCUCACGGCCGGAUCCGAGUGUCCCAGUCUCUCCCGAGCCAGCCACUGCCGCUCCCGCCGUCAACGUCGCCGUCGACGUCGGCAUGGUCGCCUGCGGCGGCGAGGGAGGAGGCGUGGACACCCGCGGCUGCGAAGGCGGUGGCGAGGUCGUCCCGGCGCCCACUCCCGCUCCCAGAGGCCGUGGCGGCGGCGGCGCCCACUCCCAGCCCCUCUUCGUCGGCCGCGCCACCUGCAUGGUACUAA